AUGGAAACGCGAGCGCGCGUGGAUGCCGAAGUACCUCGCGGACGCGAUGCUAGGCGUCAGUCCGACGGAGUGGGAAGUCUUCCGGAGAAGAAGGACGUUCUAUGUCUCGAUCUUGGCGUAUUGGCAAUGCAGGGCGGAGUUCUGCUCAGUUUCGUACAACUACCUGGCCGUGCACCGCAUGUACUGAAGGCGAUACUCUCAUCUUGCAUCGACAAGCUUGCCAUAUCGGAGCAAAAGAUCAAGCUCGAUCUGCCCAUGACGUUCCUCCGCGCAAACCGCGUAUCCACCACGCUCUUGCACUCGUCCCUCGACGCACACAAGGAUCAGAAUAACGACGCGUCUCGCUGGUGCGACGUCGUCUCGAACUUGUGGAGAGUCCCUAUGAAGCUCGGCGCUACGACCGGGAAUGCGAGCUGGGCAUGGCUGACGCUUAGAAUGCUUGUGAGGACUAGCCUCUUAGGCGGUGGCGCGAUAUAUGAGGAAGGCCGAGAGUGGGUGAGAAGACAGUUCGUUCUGAGUGUUGGGUCCGGUACAGCCUAG